AUGUCGACCCAACCAUUAAAGUAAUUAUCAUCAUUGCAUUAGUAUUUGAAAUGCUCCGGUGUUUUUUAACAACCGUGAGGGGAAAAAAAGUGUUUACGCCUCAAGUAGCAGGUUCUAGAAUGAGCAUCAAGUUCGGUUGAGGAGAUGCGGAGAGGAGAGUGGUCCAGCCGUGAGUCACAGCCGUGACGCAGACAGAGAGAAGACAAGGCGCAGCAUCCUCUCCAUCCUCCAUAGCACUACGACGACUGACAAAAGAGUGGAAGAGAGGUCGCGAUUUUGAGGCUUGUUAUCAGGCCCAAACACAUAAGCAGAAUGACUAAAGAGGAAACUUCUGAGGUGGAAGAGGCCCAGCCGGCCUCUGAGUUCAUCAGCCCUGCUCACGAACCCCGCAAGAAACCCAUAGUGCAUCCAUCUGCACAGGCUCCACUGCCCAAGGACUACGCGUUUACCUUCUUUGAUCCAAAUGAUCCGGCCUGCAUGGAGAUUCUGACAGACCCUCGGACCACAAUCCCAGAACUGUUCGCCAUUAUCCGCCAAUGGGUUCCACAAGUUCAACACAAGAUUGACGUCAUAGGCAAUGAGAUAUUAAAGCGAGGUUGCCAUGUGAAUGACCGUGACGGCCUGACGGAUAUGACUCUUCUCCACUACUGCUGCAAAGCAGGAGCUCAUGGAGUGGGUGAUCCUCAGGCAGCGCUCCGGCUGUCCAGUCAGCUGAUAGCUCUGGGAGCUGAUGUGAGUCUACGCAGUCGUUGGACCAACAUGAACGCCCUCCAUUAUGCGGCUUACUUCGAUGUGCCAGAACUGAUUCGUGUUCUGCUCAAAGCCUCCAAGCCUAAGGUGCUCAACUCCACCUGCAGUGACUUUUAUCAUGGCACAGCCCUGCACAUUGCCGCCUCCAACCUCUGUCUGGGUGCUGUCAAGUGUCUGCUGGAGCAUGGAGCCAACCCUACUGUCAGA